CCAGUGGCGAAGACAACUCUAAUGUGCCUUUAUGAUGCGCCCACUUUAUUAGAUUUAAAAUCAUCAAUUAGUUUUUUUAUGGUUCAGACCAAGUAUUAAAAAUAAGUUUAAUGUAAUAUUUUUCAUAGUUGUUGUUGUUUUUAUCAUGUGUUUCAAAUCUAACAGCCUGCUAUUAAAUUUAAACUUAAAAAAGCAUAUGCGUUUAAAACGUGUUUUAGAACAUAGCAUAUACCUGGCAAUAAUUUUCAUUUUGGUGCCCGUAUUUAUUUAUUUUGAGCUUUGUAUUGUAUUGCCAGCUGUAGUUAAAGAAUGGAGUAUACCAUAUUUCAUUCAUUAUUGCUGUGCAGCAUUUUUGAUACUUAACAUAGUCGGAAACAUGAUUUUUGGAAUGUUUACUGAUACAAGUGUUAAAGGGAGAAUGAGUGAGAAGGUGAUGAGUAAUACACAAAAUUGGGAUUUUUGUGCUGAAUGUGACUUCUUGCGUCCACCCCGUGCAUGGCAUUGUGAUACUUGUAACAUAUGUAUUUUAAAACGGGACCAUCAUUGUACAUUUUUUGCUUGUUGUAUUGGGUACUACAAUUACAGAUAUUUCAUCAUGUUUACACUGGACAUAUUUGUGGCUAUGUUGUAUGCAUUUUAUUAUAAUGUACAGUUUUUAGCGCAAUUCAUAUCAUGGAAUCAUGGGCUUGUAAUUAUUAAAUUUCUAUUUCCAUUGGCCAGUUUUGUCAUAGAUUUUGGUCCUGAGAGUGUUUAUGUAUUUUUGGUUUUGAUUAACUUCUUGGUAGCAUUGUUUACAGGUUUCUUAUUUUUCUACCAUAUUAACAAUGUUUUAAAUGGAAAAAUUACACCAGAAAAUAAAAAUUCUUUAAAAUCUGUUUAUGAUAAAGGUUGGACGUGUAAUUUAAUAGAAGUACUCGGUGCCAGGUGGCACUUGACUUGGAUAUCUCCAUUCAUUUACAGUCCACUGCCUGGUAAUGGCUUUGAAUGGGAUAUUAAUGAUAAAACACAAUAAAUGUUCUAGUGCCUUUUAGCUAACCUCAAUAUAUUGAAAAAAUAAAAUU